CCCAUAUCCCCGUGGUCGCACCGGCGACGCCAAGACUGACGGUGGGCACAUGGCGAGCAGGUGAUGCUUAAAUACCUCUCGGCAGGCGAUAGCAUACCUCCAUCCCCCUCCAUCUCCCCCAUCUCCUCCCGGCAUGACCUCCAGCAAGAGCUCGUCCAUGCCCGAACUGUCCGAGAAGGGCGUUGUGCAGACACUGCCAGCGCCCGUCGACAACCCUCGCGGCGAUGCUCAGCUGCAGCGUGCCCUGCGCAAGGUUGACUACCGCCUCAUUCCGCCUCUCGCAAUCCUUUAUCUCUUCUCAUACCUUGACCGAGGCUCGCUGGCCAAUGCCUCGAUCUUCGGCAUCAAGGAGGACCUCGGCCUCAGCCCCGCGCAGUACAAUAUGCUCGUCACCGUCUUCUUCUUCACAUAUGGUGGUAUGGAAAUCCCCGGCGGCAUCAUCCUCUCCUACGUCAAGCCCAAGUACUGGAUCGCAGCCAUCUGCUGUGCCUGGGGCAUUGUCAUGACCUGUUCCGGUUUCGUGCAGAACUACGGGGGCGCGAUCGCUGCGCGCCUCUUCCUCGGUAUCACUGAAGCGUCCUUCUUCCCCUCGGCCCUCGUCCUCGUCGGCAACUGGUACCCGCGCCUGCAGUUCCAGACGCGUAUCACGGCCUUCUACGUUAUCGGCGUCUUCAGCGGCGCCUUCUCCGGUCUCCUCGCCUACGGCAUCCACUACAUGGACGGCGCUGCCGGCCUCGAGUCCUGGCGCUGGAUCUUCAUUCUCGAGGGCAUUGCCACUGUCGUUCUCUCGUCGCUCAUUCUCAUUUUCCUGCCUAACGACCCCGAGAGCUCCAAGUGGCUCACCCGCUCCGAGAAGGACGCCAUCCUCGCCAACAACAGUGCAGAGGGCAACGACGGCCACAGCCACUUCCAGUGGAAGUACCUCAAGGAUGUGGCGACCGACUACAAGGUCCUUAUGUGCACAUGGCUUAGCAGCUCGGUCAACAUCGUCACCUUUGGUUUCUCGUACAACCUGCCCUCGAUUCUUGUGCAGAUGGGCUACAAGGCCGAGAUUGCUCAGCUCAUGACUGUCCCCGUCUACGCCAGUGCGUGUGUCUUCACCCUCGCCUCAGGCAUCUACUCGGACCGUCGCCAGGUGCGCUCGCACAUGAUCGUGGUCGGCUUCACGGGCGCCCUCGUCGGCCUUAUCCUCCUCUACGUUCUCCCCAAGGACCGCAACCCCGGGGCGCGCUACGCUGGCUGCAUGAUCCUCAUGUCCGGCAUCUACAUGUCGUUCCCUGGUACGCUCGCGUGGAACUCGAACAACGCCGAGAGCAAGGGCAAGCGCAACAUCUCGAUGGCGUUCCAGCUCACCAUCGCGUCGCUCGCCACCGCCAUCGGCACUAACUCGUAUCUCGGCCGCGAGGCGCCAUACUACCCCAUCGGCUUCGGUCUCUCGAUGGCCAUGUGCGCCUCGUCCAUUAUCGUUGCCAUUGCGCUCAACCUCCUCAUCCGCCGCGAGAACCGCAAGCUGGACGUGGUCGAACGCGAGACAAUGGCCGCCGGCACGCCUAUGGACGAGGCUGAGCUCGUCAAGCUCCGCUUCCGCUACAUCCUGUAAGGCAGGCAGCUGUUCCAAAAUCAAGACUGUCAGGGUGCGGGUGAGAGUUGGAGAAGAGUGGUUGUGAGGAGGUAUGUGGGUUGUCACGGGAGAGUAGAGGCCGAGGUUGUUGGGGAAUGGUAUAGUCGGCUCGAUUGCGAACCGUCAUUGGGUUUACGUUCAUAGAAGGGGUAAUGUGGCUAGAGCCGCAGCGCGCGAGCUGCUGAGCUAGUUGUACACUGGUAAUU